AGAGCCACAGACCGAGCCGGAUGGGCCGGGGCCCCUUUCAUUUUUAAGGAGGAUCUGGGGAGUUUUGGUCUCGGGGGGCCCUGGAGGCUGAGCCAUGGGCAGAAGAUCCAAACAUAGCCCUGCCAGGAAUUAGCAGACGGGGCGAGGGGCCUGGGACCAUGAACGUGCAGAAGCAGUUGAUGUCUGCAGCCAUCCGCGUGGAGGCAAAGAGGCAAGAGGGGGUCAAACUGCAUCUGAACAAAGUUUUCCGCCUGGUGGAAAGGGUGAACGACCAGCAACUGAAGAACAGCAUCAAGGCCUCGCUGAGCAUCGUCCGAGAGGCCAUAGCAAACAGCCAGGAAUGGACCCUCAGCCGCUCCAUCCCAGAGCUCAGACUGGGUGUCCUGGGGAGCAUCAAGAGCGGAAAGUCGGCCCUCGUCCAUCGCUUCCUCACCGGCUCCUACCUGGGCCUGGAGCCAGCUGAGAGCGGACAGUUCAAGAAGGAAGUGGUGGUAGACGGGCAGAGUCACCUGUUAUUGAUCCGAGAGGAAGGGGGUGCCCCGGACAUCAAGUUUGCCAGCUGGGUGGAUGCCGUGGUCUUUGUGUUCAGCCUGGAGAAUGAAGACAGCUUCCAAGAGGUCUCCCAAUAUUACAACCUCCUGACCAGCUACCGCAGCCCCUCGGAGGUGGCCGUGGCCCUGGUGGGCACGCAGGACAAGAUCAGCUCCACCAACCCCCGGGUGAUCGAGGACCCGCAGGCCCGGGCGCUCUGCAGCGACAUGAAACGCUGCCUCUACUACGAGACCUGCGCCACCUACGGCCUCAACGUCGACCGGGUCUUCAGUGAAGUCGCCCAGAAGGUCGUGACUCUGAAGAAGCAGCAGCAGCUCCUGGCCUCCUGCAAGUCCCUGCCCAGCACCCCCAGUCACUCAGCUGCCUCCACCCCCGUGGGCGGGAUCCACCCUGGGCAGGCCAGUAAUGGAGGCCACGUGAGCGAUUACUCCUCCUCCUUGCCGUCUACGCCCAACAUCAGCCACCGCGAGCUGCGGAGCGAAGGAUCGGUCGGGAUUGGCACCCCCAGCUCCUUGCACCGCGGGGCCAAGCGCCGCACCAGCCUCUUCACGAACCGCCGGGGCAGCGAUUCGGAGAAGAGGAGCCUGGACAGCAGAGGGGACAGCACGGGCAGCGGCCGCGCUAUCCCAAUCAAACAGAGCUUCCUGCUGAAACGCAGCGGCAAUUCCCUCAACAAGGAGUGGAAGAAGAAAUAUGUCACCCUGUCCAGCAACGGGCUUCUCUUCUACCACCCCAGCAUCAACGAUUACAUUCACAGCACCCACGGGAAAGUGAUGGAUCUUCUGCGCACCACUGUCAAAGUGCCUGGCAAGCGCCCCCCUAGGGCCAUCUCCGCCUGCAGCCCCUCCUCCAGCAUCAACGGUCUGGUGCGGGACAUGAGCGGGGGGCAGGCACCUGAGGGUGGUGCUAGCCUCUCCCCCGCGGCACUGACCAUCCCGACAGAGCAAGUGGCCAAGGCCCUGGGGAAGACGGACAGGCCCCUCCAGCGUUGCGCUUCGGCCACCAGCGCCAAGACCUCCGGUGGGGAGGGGUCCCCGGCCGGAGAAGGGGGGUCCAGCCCCAGCCCUGGCGGCAAAGACCCGCCUCCUUCGCCCAUGAUUGACAGGAAGAAGCAUCGCCGGAAGAAGCUGAUGACCCCCUCGAAAACUGAGGGGUCCACAGGGCAGGCGGAAGCCAAGCGCAAAAUGUGGAAAUUAAAAACCUUUGGUAGUUUAAGAAAUAUUUAUAAAACAGAGGAGGAGAACUUCGAGUUCAUCAUCGUGUCGAGCACGGGCCAGACGUGGCACUUCGAGGCUGGCAGCUUCGAGGAGAGGGACGCCUGGGUCCAGGCGAUCGAGAGCCAGAUCCUGGCCAGCCUGCAGUGCUGCGAGAGCAGCAAAAACAAGGCCCGGAUGGACAGCCAGAGCGAAGCGGUAGCCAUCCAGGCCAUCCGGAACGCCCGAGGCAAUUCCCUGUGUGUGGACUGUGGGGCACCAAACCCCACCUGGGCCAGCCUGAACCUGGGGGCACUGAUCUGCAUCGAGUGCUCGGGCAUUCACCGAAACCUGGGCACCCACCUGUCACGGGUGCGCUCGCUGGACCUUGACGACUGGCCCCUGGAGCUCACCCUGGUGCUGACGUCCAUCGGCAACGAGACGGCCAACAGCAUUUGGGAGAAGAACACCCAGGGACGCCGGAAGCCCACCUGCGAGUCAUCCCGGGAGGAGCGGGAGUCAUGGAUCCGGGCGAAGUACGAGCAGCGGCUGUUCCUGGCCCCGUUCCCCAGCCCCGAGAUCCCGCUGGGGCAGCAGCUCUUCCGGGCCGUGCAGGAGAAGGACCUGGGCACCGUGUUGCUGCUGCUGGCGCACAGCACCAAGGAGCUGAUCAACACCUGCUCCGGGGACAAGGACCGGCGCACGGCGCUGCACUUGGCCUGCGACCUGCCCCAUGUGGUCAUCACCCAGCUGCUGGUCUGGUACGGCAUCGAAGUGAAGGCCCGAGACACGCUGGGCCACACGGCCCUUUUCUACGCCAGGCGAGCCGGGAGCCAGGAGUGUGCCGAGAUCCUCCUGCAGCACGGCUGCCCCAGCGAGGGACACGGCACCGCCGCCACGCCCGGCCUGCGCCGGAAAAGCAGCACCACCAGCAUGGGACGGUGUGACACUCGGACCGCUCUGGUAUAACCAGCCAGCCCCACCGGACUGCCCCGUGCAGGGCCUCCGGGCUCAGCCCCAAGCGGAGGGGGAGACUGCCAGUGCCUCGGCCCUCUGCAGAGCCCUCCCCAGUAGGCUCCGGGCCUGCCUUGGGCCACCUGGACCGGGUGCGACAGAGCCCGAGCCUGACGCAGGGCUGGAGGGGAAGGACGCGGGGGUGGCCAGGGGACAACUUCAGUGACAGGCCCAUCCCACGUGAGCCGCACCUGCCGGACGCUGAAGGGACAUUUGGCCCAACGGGCCCAGCUUUUCCGGGCACGGCUGAUGAGGCGGGCGCCCAGGUGAGGCCACACCUGGGUGCUGGCUGGGCAGGACACCGGGUAUCCCCAUCCUCCGGCCAGUGUCGGACAAUUUGUAUUUUUGAUGCUCUAUUUAUUACUCAGCCCCUGCUGAUGGGGCCCAUUCUGUCCCUGUCUCCUCGGGGCCCCUGCUGCCCCUCCCUACUGCGCCAGCACAUCUUCCUGAGGCCUCCCAUGUGGCUGGGCAGGGGAUGGGAACACACAGGACAAAGAGAGGCAGCUUUUUUCAGAGCACAGGACUGAGAGCCAGGACUCCUGGGUUCUGUUCCUGGCUCUGGGAAGAGAGUGGGGGGGUGGAGAGG